GCUCUAUAAUACUUUAUUUGCAUCAAACUCGGUGAAAAGGUCAAUUUUUUUAAAAAUGAGUCCCAGAUUUUCUGCAAAAUGUGCAAUUCUCUUCCAUGCAACACUUCUUGCUUUGGCUUUCAAAGCAAAAGCUGGAAGCAUAGUGGUUUAUUGGGGCCAAGAUGCGAGGGAAGGCACGCUCACAGAUACAUGUGCCUCAGGGAAAUAUGGCAUCGUGAACAUAGCCUUUCUCUCAGUUUUUGGCAAUGGCAAAAAACCGCAGGUCAACUUAGCCGGUCACUGUGACCCAUCCUCAAAUGGCUGCCAAAGAGUAAGCAGAGGCAUCCAUAACUGCCAAAACCAAGGCAUUAAAGUUAUGCUUUCCAUUGGUGGUGGAUCUGGUGGCUACACCUUAACUUCACCUGAUGAAGCUAGGGGUGUAGCAGAAUAUUUAUGGAACAACUUCCUUAGUGGAAACUCGAAUUCAAGGCCACUAGGCGAUGCCAUUUUGGACGGCAUAGAUUUUGACAUAGAGGGAGGGGAACGUCACUAUGUAGUUCUCGCUUCUAGAUUGUCCGAGCUCAGCCGAGGAGGCAGGAAAGUGUACUUGACAGCUGCACCGCAGUGUCCUUUUCCCGACAAUUGGCUUGAUAAGGCACUUCAGACGGGACUUUUCGAUUAUGUAUGGGUCCAAUUUUACAACAACCCUCAGUGUGAGUAUAACACUAACAAUCCUCAGAGCUUUAAGGACUCAUGGAACAAAUGGACAUCUUCUAUUCCGGCCAGGAAGUUUUUUGUGGGGCUUCCGGCUUCUAGGGCGGCUGCUGGCAAUGGUUUUGUGACAACUGAUGUGCUCAAAUCGCAAGUGCUACCUUUUGUCCAAGGUUCCCCCAAGUAUGGCGGUGUCAUGCUCUGGAACAAGUAUAGUGAUGAUCAAAGUGGAUACAGUUCCAGGAUCAGGGAUAGUGUUUGAGCUUCUUGAAAGGAGUUCCAAGUAUGAUAUCAUCAUCAUUAAGCCAAAAUCAAAGAGCAGCGUCCUUGUAAUCCUAAUAAGUUGCCUCCUUAGAGUUGAUUAAUAUCGUGAAAUAAAACGUUUCUCCUUCUACUUUUAUUGCAAAA